AUGUCGUCCUCGAUUGAAACUGCCCCUGAAAAUGUACCAGGAGAUUUGUUGCUAACAGCAGACUCGAGCGCAUCAAAUGAAACGACAGCUGGGAAACUUGUUCGCAACGCGCAGAGAACAUUUAGUCAAUCGAGGCCUCCGGUUGGAAUGUUCCAUGCAUUUGGAUCUGUGGGCUCCAAUAUCCCAACGUUGAAUGAUAUCCAGACUGGAAACUUCGAAUUCGACGGGUGGUCUGGGCCUGGACAAAGAAGAAAUAGCAGGGCGCGCCGCGAUACUGAUGUCCAAGUUAUGCAAAUACACACGCAACGAACAGCGUCAAUUCCUUUGCCCACAAAGGUCGAACCGAUAACAGAGAAGGUGGAGGAGAAGAUGGAAGUCGUGAUUCCAAAAUCUGGGGAACCCAUUGUUGACUCACCCCAUGAUCCUUCUGUGCCUUACGCGAACGGAUAUCAAUUCCCUCCCAAGCAUGUAACACAACAGGCAACUUUAAUUGCGCUAAGAGGAUUUGGGAGGUUCAUUAUUACCCCAUUCGGGUUUCUUCUCACGAUAUAUGCUUUGAAUAUCGUCGCUUGGGGUGGAAUGCUCUUCUUGAUUCUCAUUCAUGCAACACCAGCAAUGGCACACCCAUCUUACAACGACAAUUACAGUGGAGCCAAGAUAUGGUUGGAGAUUACCGCCCAAAUCCUCAAUGCGCUGUUCUGUGUAACCGGUCUAGGACUCAUUCCGUGGAGAUUUCGAGAUCUCUGGUAUAUUUUGCAAUUUCGAUUGGAAAGGAAAGAGACCGCACUUAGAAAGUUGGCUGGCAUCCAUCGAGAUUGGUUCCGUCUUGAAGGGAGUCAAGACAUCGAUAUCAAUUUCCACCCUGCUACAGACGCUCUCCCUGCUGGCGUCAAUGAGUCUGCACUCGCACUUCCCAUCAAAGUCUCACCCGAUGUACCACUUACGGGUGAGCGUGCCUCCCCCUCGAAGUACUGGUUGUUGGAUUUCGUUGUCUGGAUGUUUGUCCUGAAUACGUUUCUUCAGAUCUUGCUUUGUGUAUUCAUGUGGGGCUUCAAUCGGUUCGAGAGGCCUGGUGCUGCGGUUGGGGCGCUGAUCUCGUUAGCUUGUAUUGUGGCUUCUGCGGCGGGUUAUAUGAUUUUCAGGGAGGGGAAGAGGGUUAAGAAGAUUGAGGGGGUGCCUGUCAGUAAAGAUGAUCAAGAGUUGUUGAGGGAGAUGAGGGAGAAGGGUGGGGAAGGUGGUAUUGUUCAAUAA